UGAGAUUUAAUCACAUAUAAGCAUCUGUAAGGUAAGCCCAUUGACAGCUUCGUCUCCACCUCGCGAAGCUUUCCUGCUGCUCGAACCCUAGAGUUUCUUCUUCGCAACUUACGGCAUCAUUUCCAUGGAUAUCGAGGAGGAUAUUCGUGCAUUAGAACUUGAUUCACCAGAUGUUAAUGGUGUUCCUAAACCAGAUGAAAAGAUGGAAAAUAUUGUGAAAUCCGACAAUGUUGAAGAAGAUGCAAAGACAGAAGAUAUUGAGAAGUCCGAUAAAAUGGAAGAAGAGUGGAGGACAGAGGACCAUCCUCAAUCGGCCCAAGAUAUCCACGUUGAAGAACAAGUGGAGGAGAGCAUAUCUGCAAAGGAGAAGGAAGUUUCUUCGACUGUAAAUGAGGAUGAAGGGGAUUUGGAAACGGAUCGCAAAAGACACUUGAAUGUUGUGUUCAUUGGUCAUGUUGAUGCUGGUAAGUCUACAAUUGGUGGUCAGAUACUUUUCCUUAGCAAUCAGGUUGACGAGCGUACGAUCCAAAAGUACGAAAAAGAAGCAAAGGAUAAAAGCAGAGAAAGCUGGUAUAUGGCAUAUAUCAUGGACACAAAUGAAGAGGAGAGAGUCAAGGGGAAAACUGUUGAAGUGGGAAGAGCACAUUUUGAAACUGAGACCACAAGGUUUACAAUUUUGGAUGCUCCAGGUCACAAAAGUUAUGUCCCAAAUAUGAUCAGUGGGGCAUCUCAAGCUGAUAUAGGGGUUCUGGUAAUUUCUGCUAGGAAAGGAGAGUUUGAAACUGGAUAUGAGAGAGGUGGACAAACUCGUGAGCAUGUUUUGCUGGCAAAAACAUUGGGUGUUGCGAAGCUUCUCGUUGUAGUGAAUAAGAUGGAUGAGCCCACAGUCAAAUGGUCCAAAGAAAGGUAUGAGGAGAUAGAGUCUAAGAUGGCACCCUUCUUAAAGUCAUCUGGUUACAAUGUAAAGAAAGAUGUCCAAUUUUUACCUAUAUCUGGUCUUCAUGGUAUUAACAUGAAAGCAAGAGUGGAUAAGAAAGUAUGUCCGUGGUGGAAUGGUCCGUGCUUGUUUGAAAUCCUUGAUACGAUUGAAGGUCCACCAAGAAAUCCAAAAGAUCCAUUUAGGAUGCCCAUCAUCGAUAAAUUCAAGGACAUGGGAACGACCGUCAUGGGUAAAGUUGAAUCUGGCACCGUGCGUGAGGGUGAUUCCUUAUGGGUAAUGCCAAAUAAGACUCAGGUGAAAGUUGCUGCUGUGAUGUGUGAUGAAAAUAAAGUUAAGUGGGCAGGACCUGGCGAAAAUCUUCGUGUUAGAAUAACUGGAAUUGAAGAAGAAGAAAUAACGUCUGGGUUUGUACUAUCAAGCGUUGCAAAACCAAUAGCCGCUGUUUCUGAGUUUGUUGCGCAGUUGCAGAUUCUUGAGCUGCUGGAUAAUGCAAUAUUUACCGCUGGAUAUAAGGCCGUACUUCACAUUCAUGCUGUUGUUGAAGAAUGUGAGAUCAUAGAGCUGCUACAUCAGAUUGAUCCGAAGACUAGGAAACCUAUGAAAAAGAAAGUUCUCUUUGUAAAAAAUGGUGCAGUUAUUUUGUGCCGCAUCCAGGUCAAUAACUUGAUCUGCAUUGAGAAGUUCUCUGAUUUUCCUCAGCUUGGAAGAUUUACACUUCGGACUGAAGGGAAGACAGUUGCCGUAGGAAAGGUCACUGAUAUUCCGGCUGCAACCAAUUAAACAAUUUUGAUCUGCGAGACUAGGGAAACUUAAUGGUGAAUUUGAUAAGAGCUUCCGCAUGAAGAAGGCCUGUAUGCUCGAAGCUGUUUUUCUAUGGAGUCAAUUCCCAAUCGUGCUAUAUUGUCUAUGCCAAAAGAAACUAAAAACAUCGAUGAGUUCCAUCUUUUUUGGAUACUAGCCUUAUACACAAUUGUUUUUGUUUGAUAUAUGGGUGUAAAGUUUGAUCUGCUUCUCUAUCUUGGAAUAUACGGCAGCAUUUUCUUAGUUAAUCCAAUCCACAUGUCCAACUUUUUAUGUGUUCCUUCUUUUCCCGUGAUUGAAUGAAUUUCUUGGGUA